AUGGUAGAAACUAAAGAAAACGUCCCAGGAAGCCUGGCUGCUGCUGCUGACACGAUUACCCAGCAACCACAACAACAGCAAGACAUGUCCCUUAACAGCAGUUACGAGAAAGGAAAUUCUGGGAGCUCUGGUGAUGAUGACACAUCGAGCAUCCCAACAUUAAGUGAAGCAGCUUCAGGCUAUCAUAGGAAUAACUCUGAAUGUACUGAGUUUUGUCUUGAGUUUUGCUCGUGUUUCGGCCUCUGUGAGGGUUGUUGUCCUUCGGAUGGUGAGGGUUGUGUUACAUGGCUAUCUGCAUUUUGCGGGAAUGUUUGCCUUGCAUUGUGUCACUGUUAA